AUGAAGUUUGUGGUUUCCAACGGCAAAGAUGAAAGAUCAGCGGCAAUCGUGAAGAAAGCAGGGCAGAGCCAACGCGCGUACAGUUUCAAUUUCCUCUCGAACCUGAGGAAUGGCUCACUCGGCAUGAUCCAGGCCCUGGGCCAUGCCAUGCGUGCAUGGAUUGAGGGACCACAAGAACAGUACCUCUUGAUUAAGGCCGCCAUUAAAGACGAAGGCCUCGAGCCGAAUACCUUCAACCCGCGAAUCACCAGAGCCCUUGCCAGUACAGCCCGGGAUUAA